AUGGCAUUCCUUACCUAUCUUUCCUACUUCAUCGGCGGCCAAGUUGCCCUCACCAUUGCCUUCUACAUGCUGUCCGUCGUCGUGCCCAAGGCGGGCUUUGUGGCUCGUUCGCUCGCCUCUUACAUGGCGCUGGUGGUAUGCGCAAUCUACGGUGUGCUGGCUUCGAUAGCACUGCGCCUCGUGGGCAAGCAGCAGAUUGCGCAGUGGACCACGGCGCGCGCCUUCAAGUAUGUCAUGGCCGCCACUACCGGCAUCACCUUUGAAAUCAGCGACCCCGAGCACCACCUCGAGAAAGUCCGACCCGCCGUCUUCAUCGGCAACCACCAGACCGAACUCGACGUCCUCAUGCUCGGCUGCAUGUUCCCCAAGUACUGCAGUGUCACCGCCAAGAAGUCGCUCAAGAACUGGCCGUUCCUGGGCUGGUUCAUGACCCUGAGCGGAACCGUCUUCAUUGACCGCAAGAACUCAAAGGACGCCAGGCAAGCCAUGAGUGGUGCCGCCGAAGAGAUCCGAUCGCGUAAGCAAAGCGUGUACAUGUUCCCCGAGGGAACCCGGAGCUACGCCAAGGACCCUGUACUCUUGCCCUUCAAGAAGGGCGCUUUCCACCUUGCCGUCCAGGCUGGCGUCCCUAUUGUCCCAGUCGUGGUCGCCAACUACUCGCAUGUCCUCUACUUGAAGAACUUCACCUUCAAGUCAGGCAAAGUCCCCUGCAAAGUGCUCGAUCCGAUCCCUACCACCGGCCUGACGGCUGCCGACGUCGACGACCUCGCCCGGACGGUCCGUGAACGCAUGCUAGAGGAACUUGUUGCCUUGACCGAAAAGGCACAGGGACGCGCCAUUGCCAUGCCUGCCCAGAACGGCAAAGAUGGAGUCGUGAAGGCUAGCGGUGUGGAGGCAACACUGUCGUAA